GGUUGCUACGCUGUAAAUCGUUAAGUUGACGGGUCGACCCGCGAUGGCCUGUCAGUGUACUCAGUGCUGCGUUCCACGAGCAAGGGAUUCCUCUUUGACCAGAUGUUAAAACAGAAAUGCUAAAUGCUUGUAAAAAAAAAAUUUGUAUCAAUUUUGAGUUACAUUUAUUAUAUUGUAACUGUUGCUACAGCCACAACAGUAAACAGGAACACAAUUUCUGUGAUCGGAAAUCCGUUUGUUACUUUGGGCUGUUCCAGUAGCCCGUGUGUGUAUGGGAUAUGCGUUGAUCAUAUAAACAGUACUUAUACAUGUUACUGUAUGAAUGGGUAUACUGGUGUUCGGUGCCAAACUAAUUGGGACGAAUGUUGGUCAUCACCAUGCAAUAAUGGUGGAAUGUGUGUAGAUGGAAUUGCAGAUUACAAUUGCACUUGUCCAGACGGGUACACGGGACAUAAUUGUGAACUAAAUAUUGAUGAGUGUCAAUCAAACCCGUGCCAGAACAAUGGGACCUGUAUUGACUAUACUAAUCGGUUCGUGUGCCAAUGCCCUUAUGGCUACUCAGGAGCUUUAUGCGAAAUUGAUUUGGCUGUGUGCAAUUCAACUGGUGAACUUUUUUGCAAUAAUGGUGGCGAAUGUAUAGAAGGACCAGGCAUGUCCUACACUUGUAAUUGUCCUCCAGGAUGGACUGGAGAUACUUGUGAAAAAGCCAUAGAUCAAUGUAAUUCAGGACCAUGCCAAAAUGGUGGAAUAUGCAUAAACAAACAAACUUCGUAUUAUUGUACUUGUCUUUUUGGUUAUACGGGACACAAUUGCGAUGUAGCGUUACGUUUAUGUGAUUCCCAUCUGUGCCAAAAUAAAGCUUUAUGCUUAAUUGAACGAGACAUGCCUGUUUGUUACUGUGUUCCUGAUUAUCACGGAAAGCACUGCCAAUACCAAUACGAUGAAUGCAAACUAGGAAACAGUUGUCUAAAUGGCGGUACUUGCAUUGAUGGUAUCGAUGGUUAUACUUGUUUAUGUCCAAAAGGAGUUACAGGAAAAAGUUGUGAAUGUACUUUGUUUGAUAGCCUGAUGAACUGUACUGGAAUAAUAAAACCUUAUGUAAUUUCUUCAACGGAACUACCAUCCACAACUAUGUUCGAUAGCAUUACUUCAAUUGUUUCUAAUGAUCUAUCGGGAACAAAUUUUUCGAUUGAUAAUGAUGAAUUCUCAUUUACUACUGGUUUUCAUAUUUUUUCUACGUUAGCUACUACCACUUCAAAUUCAAAAGCUACCACUUCUAGACCAAUUUUAUCGACAUCUCAUUUUACAACUCAAAUAUCAGAUUCCUAUAGAACUUUUGAUACUACUGCGGUCCAAAGUACAAUUUCUGAUAGAGUCACAACAGAAUUUACGCCGAAUACGAAAGAAAGAACAGUAGAAGAUUCCAUAAUCUUAACUGAAACUGUAAAAAGUAUUACAGAGAAAAUGUUUCCUAGCAUAAAAAGUACCUCUAAAGGGACGAAAAAACCAUAUGAAAUUUUUACUACUGAUACACUAGAUGAAUAUAGCACGAUUAAUAGUCCUCAACUUGACACCUAUCAGACAAUAAUUUCUGAUUUACAAGUGACGUCAGUAUACCCGAAAAAAACAGUCGCACCUACAAGAACUCCGCUGGUGGCAACUGAUUACCCUGUAUUCACACCCACAGAUCAAGUCUUUACUAAAUUUGAUAUAAACUUAACUGAAGUUAUGGAUAUUUCUACUGAACAUAUUUCUUCGGGCAGCUCAUAUUUGGUAUGUGCUAAGUGUUUAAAUGGAAAAUGUAUGAAAUUAAAAAGUGGCUACAAGUGUGAUUGUUCUUUUGGGUGGAAAGGAGAAAUUUGCGAUAAAAAAAUAAACAUUAAAGUUCCAGCAUUUACAGGAAAAUCAUAUCUCACUCAUAGACUUUCUUAUCGAUAUGGUACUCAAAUAGCUAUGGAGAUCAGAACUUUGGCACCGAAUGGUAUACUUUUUUAUGCACAAGUUAUGACACAUAUGUAUAUGUGUCUUUAUUUGCAAGAUGGUCUUUUGAAAUUUCAAUUUUCUUGUGGAGUACAAACCAUGUUGUUUAGUGAAACUAGGUAUCGAGUGAAUACAGGUCAUCGUCUUCUUUUAACAGCUACGCUGGAGCACAGUUUGUCUCAUUCUAUGACUGAACUUUGUAAAGCAUCAUUGAGAGUUAAUGAUACGUUGGCUAUGAGUGGAGAACAGGUAGCUGACACAACAUCAGAUAAAAAAGUAGCUUUAUUGUACGUGGGUGGUUUUCCGCCUAAUAAAAAUUUUACUGAAAUACCAGUCACCAUAGGAAUUGCCGGUUGUGUUACACAUUUAAAAAUAGACGAAGUUGCUCAUGAUGUCUACGACAGUGCAUUUGACGGUCAUGGAGUCGUCGAAUGUGCUUCACUGACAUGCUUGUCAAGUCCAUGUCAAAGCUAUGCUACAUGUGUUGAGUUUGGAGAUUCAUGGAAUUGUCUAUGUCCUUCUGGAUUUAUAGGAAAAAAUUGUGAAAAAUCGAUCUGUGAAAAUAAUCCAUGUAAAUUUGGCGCUACAUGCGUGAUUUAUCCAGGAAGCGGAUUUAUAUGUUUAUGUCCUUUGGGUAAACAUGGAAUGUAUUGUGAACAAGAUCUUGAAAUAGACGAUCCCUUCUUUCCGGGAAGUAUUAGUGGUCUUUCGUCAUAUGCCGCCUAUUCUAUACCUGCUGAAAUACAACAGAGCUUUGAGCUAACUAUGAAUUUCGUUCCAAAUUCUAUGGAUCAAAUAUCUUUAAUGAUGUACAUUGGACAUGACACGGCUUCUGAUCAUGUAGCAUUGAGUUUCAUCAAAGGUUUUAUAGUUUUAACUUGGAAUUUGGGCGCUGGACCCAGGAGGAUAUUUACCCCAAAACCGAUUAACUUUCAAUCAAACAAAGCCCACAUGGUAAAGCUUGGUAGAAAUGGUAAGACUGCAUGGUUGGCUGUGGACAAUUUUCCUAAUAUAACAGGGCACUCUGCUGGUCGAUUAACACAACUGAACACUAAUCCUGUUUUAUACUUAGGCGGACACGAAUCUCCAGGAAUGACAGAUCUUCCUCAUGAUUUGCCACUUCACACCGGAUUUGUUGGGUGCAUGAGUUCAAUUCAACUCAAAGCUGGUCGAAUGACUGUGCCAUUAAGUUUAUCUCGAGCUUAUUCGGCUGUCAACUCUGGAAGAUCUGUAUCCCAGUGUUCAACAAACGAAUGUUAUCGAAAUAAUAUAUGUCAACAUAAUGGAGCAUGUAUUCAGCAUGGUUCUUCUUUAGCAUGCAUUUGUACUGAUGGCUGGUUUGGUCCACUUUGUGCUCAUCGGUAUAAUACUUGUGACUCAAAUCGUCAUAGCUGUUUCGAUGGGUCUACUUGUAUACCAGUUGGAAAUACUUUUGAGUGCGAUUGUCCAGUUGGCCGAUCUGGGAAAUAUUGUGAACGUGAAGAACAACUAUCUGAUGUAAGAUUUUUAGGAAAACGGUCUUUUAUUUCUGUAGCAAUGGCUACUGAGUCUAACACACAACAAUUCAGCAUUGAACUAGAAAUCAAGCCAUCUGUUGAUAAUGGUAUUUUGUUUUUCAUUCUAUAUGAUAACCCCCCAAAAAAAUUCUUAUGUCUUUCAAUGUAUGGCGGUGUUAUUGAGCUAAGGAUAUCUAUUCAAGGUAAAAUAUUAUUUCCAUGUAAGAUUUUAAAUUAUUAUAAAACAUUUUAUAAAUUAAUAGGCGAAAUAAACCACGCUAAUGAUGUGAUAGUUGUACGCAGUGGCAGAGUAUUAAAAAUGUCCGAAUGGCAUAGCGUAAGAGUUGGUAAAUACCGCCGUAAGCUAUAUUUGUGGGUUGAUGGAAUGAUCAACUAUGCUAUAUUGCAACCGUUUGAUGGAUCUAUUGAUUUUGAUGCUUCAUUAAAUUUAGGUGGGUUGUCGGAUUUAUCUGAUUUACCUCAAGGAGCCACGUCUGGAUUACCUGUUCCAUUUACUGGUUGUAUUCGCAGAUUAACAAUUGAUUAUGAAGUAAUUCCGUUAAAUAAUCAUACUAUUAUUACUGGUAGAAAUAUAGCAGAUUGUGAUGGAACCCCUUGUGGUGGGGAUCUUUGCUACCAUGGAGGUAACUGUUGGUUAGAUAUGGAAAUGAAGCCACAUUGUCAUUGUCCAAAAGAAUUUGUUGGAGAUUCGUGUAGUAUACAAAUGCCAUGCAGUGAAUUUAAUUGCCAAAACAAAGGUCAUUGUGUUCAAAACAAUAAUGGUUCAUUCAUAUGCAUUUGUCCUCCCGGUUGGGAUGGACCAUUUUGUUCCAAAGAGCUUCCUACAGGCCCGCCACUUUUUAAAGGACAUGGACACUUAGUUCUUAAUAAAUUGUCAUCUCUUACCAAACGAGAAGACAAAGGUAAUGAUAAAACUAAUAGUAUCCAGUUUUUAAGCCUAAAAUUUUCAACAACUUAUAAUAAUGGACUAAUUUUAUGGACAUCACAAGAAGACUGGUAUUUAGGUUUUGGAAUAGUAAAUGAAUUUUUAACUAUGGUAUGGGGUCAAAAAAACUUGAUACCUCUGACAUUGACUACACCUGUAAACAAUAUUACAAAUGGUGAAUGGCAUACUGUCAGGUUAAACGUAACUAGACUAGAAAUGACUCUUGAAGUAGAUGAUUGGGUAUCAAAUUCGUAUGAGCACAAUAUUGAAAAUCAUUUGAAUGAUAAUACUAUUUAUCUGGGUGGUGUUCCAGAAGAAAAUUUUUUAAUAAGACGAGAUUUAUUUAAAGGUAAUUUUCGUGGGUGUAUUAAUGAAUUCAAUAGUCAAAACAAUAUCAUAACAGAUUUUCAUAAUUAUGAAAGUGUAAACAUAGACUCGUGUGACAUAUGGUAAUAUUACAAUAUUACAUAUUUCAUUAUGAGCUAAAUUAAAUAA